GACCCACAUGCAAGUCGUACUAGCGUACAAUUCCGUCCACCAAAUCAAAUCCCCUCCCUAACCAGCCCUUUUUGACGGUUUGCUCAGCACAAAGCAUGUCGAUCGCCACGCACGCUAAAAGCCAGACCCCAAACCUCCAGGACCCAACCAUGGUUUACAUAUAACCCCCAUGCGCAGCACCCAAACACCAGUAACACUUGUUUUCGCAUUUUCGUGGGCUGAUCGAGAGCGCGUGCCAUUGCGCCAAUGGAGCCCUGCGCGUUCGUCCGCCUCACCGUGGACCAGCUCCUCCUGAAGCUCCCCUCCGUGCCGCGCCCCAACUCGGCAGCCGCCGGCGUGCAUCCCUCCACCUCCCCUUGCUUCUGCACGCUCCACCUCCACGACCACCCUUCCUCCCUCUCCCGCACCGCCCCGCUGCCCCUCGCCUCCGCCUGCGCUGCUAACCGCGUCCCGGGCGCCGACCCCGUCGUGGCGCUCAGCCUCGACGCGGCCGCGGUGCAGAGGCUCUCGGCCCGCCCCGCGGAGCUCGUCGUGACCGUGCACGCGGGCCAGGCGGGGGGCAGCGCCGCGGCGGCCGGGUGCGGCAUGAUGGGCGCCGGGCGCGCGCUGGGGCGCGUGCGCGUGCCCGUCGACGUGGCGCGCGCCGCGGCGGGGGAGACCGUGGUGGCGCGGGACGGGUGGGUGGACGUCGGGAAGAAGCAGCAGAGCUCGGCGUCGGCGUCGCACGGGCGCGCGCAGAUCCACAUGGUGGUGCGCGCCGAGCCCGACCCGCGGUACGUGUUCCAGUUCGGGGGCGAGCCGGAGUGCGGGCCCGUGGUGUACCAGGUGCCCGGAGGAGGCGCCGGAGCCGGGCAGCGGCAGCCCGUGUUCACCUGCCGCUUCAGCGCCGGCCGGAGGGCAGACAGGACCAGAUCUCUGACGUCGGAAUCGUCCAUGACCCGGAGCACCAGCCGGAGGCUGCGGUCCUGGCUGAGCACACUGCACGGCGGGGACGGAGGAGACGCGCGGGCGCGGCGGGAGCAGCGGAAAGGCUGGAUGGUGACGAUCCACGACCUGUCGGGCUCCCCAGUGGCGGCGGCGUCCAUGGUGACCCCGUUUGUGCCGUCCCCGGGCUCCGGCCGCGUCUCCCGGGCCAACCCGGGGGCCUGGCUCAUCCUCCAGCCCACGGGCGCCGGCCCGUCAAGCUGGAAGCCCUGGGCCCGGCUGGAGGCCUGGCGCGAGCGCGGGCCCAUCGACGCGCUGGGCUACCGGCUCGAGCUGGUCUUUGAUUCGGGCCCUGUCGAGUGCGCCGUCCCCAUCGCCGAGUCGUCCAUCAGCACCAAGCGCGGCGGCCAGUUCGUGAUCGACCCGGCCACGUUCCCCGAGGGCGCCGCCGGCGCAUCGUGGCCGUUCGCUGGUGGGUUCGUGAUGGGGUCCACGGUGGAGGGCGAGGGGAAGGCGAGCCGGCCCACCGUGCAGGUCGGCGUGCAGCACGCGUCGUGCAUGGGCGACGUGGCCGUGUUCGUCGCGCUCUCCGCUGCCGUCGAUCUCUGUAUGGACGCCUGCAAGCUCUUCUCGCAGAGGCUCAGGAAGGAGCUGUGCCAGGACCAAGACGACUAGUGGUAUUAUGGAAGUGAUGGGUCAAGAAUUUUAGUUCCUUCUUGUGGAAGUGAUGGCCUGUGGCUGUUUCUUUUAGUCUAGGCUUGGUCGGAUCACAAGAACACUGAUCGAACGGGGUGCGUCUAUUCUUUCAUUACGAUAUUCUUUCGAUUCUUUGUAGUAUACGUCUAUGUUCUUGUCAGCUCGUCUUGUUUGAAAAAUUGAGUAGUGAUUUUAGUUGCAACUUUAUGUGUUA